AUGAUUAGUCUGAAAAUAAUGUUGAUAUAUCGCAACAAUAUAUACAGAUGCACUUUGAAACGAGUACAGGAAACAAAGAUAAUUAAUAACAGCCUCUUGUGGGUUAUCGAUUCACUUUUAGUCUAUACCACACUCACAACUGCAAAAGCACUGAACAGAUUUUACUCAUCUGCCAGUUUUAUACUUAAUAAAAAUGAAUUGGGAAGAUAUUACAAAGAUGCUGAGAAAGCAGGAAUUCUCCAGCCACGUAUACCUGACAAUGUACCUUUCCCCUGUAAUCUUACAGGUGCGAGGUCAAAAAAAGUGCCAUCAUCUAUUCAUAAAUUGAGACCAGGUGAUAUUGACGUAAUUGGAGCAAUUGGAGAUUCUAUAACCGCAGGGAUGGCUAUGCUUUCAACAAAUCCUAUUCAUUUAUUUUUGGAAAAUAGAGGAUCAAGUGCGAUAGGUGGAGGUCAAAAUUCUUGGCGAAAAUAUUUAACACUUCCGAAUAUUCUCAAGGAAUUUAAUCCAAAUUUAAUUGGCUAUUCACAAUCGGAUUCUUUUGAAUUUGAUGCAUCGUCUGAAUUUAAUGUCGCUGAAGCAGCUGCAUUUUCAAUUAAUUUACCAACAAUGAGUCGAACAUUGAUAGAAAAAAUGAAAAAUCAUUCAAAAGUUGUCAUUAAAAAACAUUGGAAGAUGAUUUCGAUUUUUAUUGGAUCAAACGAUUUUUGUACCUUGAUGUGUUAUUUACCAUCACCGUGGUCAAUUUUAAAAAAUCACAAGAAAAAUUUGAUACAAGCUUUACGAUUGCUUCGUGAUAAUUUACCAAGAACUUUUGUGAAUUUAAUUCUACCUCCUAAUUUGAAAAUCAUAAGUUUUAUGAGAGAAAGAUUACUUUGUGAUUUAUAUUCGAAAAUUGUAUGUUCUUGUCUAUUUGGACAAAGAUGGCUCAAAAGGAGAGAAGAAUUUUUUGAUAUUAUGACUAGAUAUCAAGAGAUAGAAAAAGAAGUAGCUCAAUAUUCAGAAUUUCAAACUGAAAAUUUUACUGUUGUAGCACAACCGUUUUUGGUAAAUUUAACGUUACCUUCGAAAAAAAGUGGCUCUAUUGAUUUAAGUUUUCUUGCAAAUGAUUGCUUUCAUCUCAGUCAAAAGUCAAAUGCUCGAGCUGCUGUGGCUAUUUGGAAUAAUUUAAUGGAACAAGAAGGACAAAAGUCAAUGAACUGGGGUGACACUUUUAAAAGAUUUAUUUGUCCAACUGUGAAAAGGCCUUAUUUUGCCACAUGGAAAAAUAGUAGAAAAUGAAAAUUAUAAAUUUUCAAAAAUAGGUACUUAAAUUAAAAUAUAAAGUAAUAUAUAUUAAUAAAUUAUUAAAAUUGAAAA